AUCGUAAAUAGCGGACUCCACGGAAGGAUGUUGACGAGUAGUUAUUGUUGAAUCAAACGGGCAUUUUUUUCGAUUGAAUAACACGCGUUUCGGGGGUCUAUUUCGGGAUUUUGUGAGGUGAAAUGAGAGGAUGAAGUGUAAUAUGUGGAUCUGGAUUUUCGCUGCGGCUGCGGCCGGGCAGUUCGCCGAAGGAUGGGAAUAUUCGUGUGAUCAGCCUCUGCUGGUCGAUUCAACCAAAAGCAAACUCAUGGCAACCUCUUGGAUGUCGGAUAGGACACCUGCUGAUGCCCAGUUAAACGGCGAGAAAGCUUGGACAGCCAGUAGUUCAGACAGUAAUCAGUACUUCACGAUCGAUUUGGGCGAUGUCAUGAAUAUCACCGGCAUUGCCACUCGAGGACGUGCUAACAAAGCUGAAUACGUCUUGGAGUAUGGCAUUAGUUAUGGCACUAAUGGUCGUAAUUACAUGGAUUACAAAGAAGAGGACGGAAAUAUGAAGAUGUUCAAAGGAAACACCAACGCAGAAUCCAUUAAACUGAAUAAGUUUGAUGUGCCUAUUAUUGCACAGUACAUUCGGAUCAAUCCGACUCGAUGGAAGACGAGAAUUUCGAUGAGAAUUGAGCUCUACGGAUGCCCCUAUGUCUCGGAGGUAGCAGGCUUCAACGGUUCCUCGCUCAUCGCAAUGGACCUCCAACGUGAGCCAAUCGAGACAGAUCGUCACUCCCUGCGUUUUCGUUUCAAAACGAACAACGCUGACGGAGUCCUGCUGUACUCUCGAGGCACCCAAGGGGACUUCAUCGCGAUUCAGCUCCGCGACAACCAAAUGCUCCUGAACAUAGACCUCGGCUCUGGCCUCACCACGAGUUUCCUAGUCGGGAGUUUGCUGGACGACAACCAAUGGCACGACGUCCUGAUGUCCAGGUCCCGCAGGGACAUCGCCUUCUCCGUCGACCGAGUAUUGGUGAAGGGAAAGAUAAAGGGAGAGUUCCACCGACUGGACUUGAACAGAGCCCUCUACAUCGGCGGCGUUCCCAACAUGCAGGAGGGCCUGGCAGUCAGCCAGAACUUCACUGGAUGCAUUGAGAACUUUUACCUCAACAAGACGAACGUUAUCAGAGACCUGAGGGAUGUGGAGGCGUACGGGGAGAACACCAGGUACUACCGGAUCCACACCAUCUUCGGGUGUCCAGAUCUCCCUAUCAUCUCGGUGACCUUCUUGAAACCAGAGACACACGCUCGUCUCAAGGGGUACGAGGGCGCAUCCACCCUUAAUGUAUCUCUGGCCUUUCGCACGUACGAGGAGAGAGGCGUUAUCCUCUAUCACACCUUCACAACCCCUGGCUUCGUCAAGGUCUUCUUGGAGGAGGGAAAGAUAAAAGUUGAGAUCGAGACAAAAGGCAACUCCCGCGUGAUCCUGGACAACUUCGACGAGCGAUUCAACGACGGCAAGUGGCACCCAACAGUCCUGACAAUCUCCAAGAACAGUAUAAUCCUGAAAGUGGACGGUCGCCCGAUGCGAACAAAGCGCCUGCUGGAGAUGUCGACAGGGGGUCUGUACCUAGUGGGCGGAGGGCUGCUAGGAACCGGCAAGAACCUAGGAUUCGUGGGUUGCAUGAGAAUGAUAAGCGUCGACGGCAACUACAAGCCGCCAACGGACUGGAAAGAGGGCGAGGAGUACAUAGGCGAGGGCAUAGUCCUGGACUCCUGCCAGAUGCUGGACCGCUGCAACCCCAAUCCCUGCAAGCACAACGGCAUCUGCAGACAGACAUCCACAGAGUUCAUCUGCGACUGCACAAACACCGGUUACUCCGGGGCUGUCUGCCACACCUCCAUCAACGCCCUGUCCUGCGAGGCCUACAAGAACAUUCACUCUGUGAAUCAGAGGGCAGAGAUCGAGAUAGACGUCGAUGGAAGUGGCCCCCUGGAUCCCUUCCCAGUGACCUGCGAGUUCUACGCUGAUGGACGAGUGAUGACUGUCAUUCGUCACAGCAACGAGCUCGCCACCCCUGUGGACGGCUUCGAGGAGCCCGGGAGCUUCGUCCAGGACAUCAACUACGACGCCAAUUACGAUCAGAUCGAGGCCCUGCUGAACAGAUCCAUCAGCUGCAGACAGAGGAUCAACUACGCCUGCAAGCACUCCAGACUCUUCAACACACCUGUCCACCAGGGGGACGUCUUCAGGCCGAACUCCUGGUGGGUCAGCAGGGGCAACAAGAGGAUGGACUACUGGGGUGGAGCCCUGCCAGGCUCCAUGAAGUGCGAGUGUGGGGUCUUGGGGAGUUGUGUUGACCCCACCAAGUGGUGCAAUUGUGAUUCUGGAUACGAGGGCUGGCACGAGGACGGCGGGGACAUCACUGAGAAGGAGUAUCUGCCCGUUCGUCAGCUGAGGUUUGGAGACACUGGAACACCUCUCGAUGAGAAGGAGGGGAGGUACACUCUCGGCUCUCUCAUAUGCGAGGGCGAUGACUUGUUCAAGAAUGUUGUGACCUUCAGGAUUGUUGACGCCACGAUUAAUUUACCUACGUUCGACAUGGGACACAGUGGUGACAUUUACUUUGAAUUCAAGACUACUAUUCCUGAUGCUGUCAUCAUUCACAGCACUGGGCCCUCGGACUACAUCAAAGUGUCGAUAGCAACUGGCAAUCAGAUACAGUUUCAGUAUCAAGCUGGGGAUGGACCGCAGACUGUCAGUGUCCAGACGUCGUACAUGCUGACUGACAACAACUGGCACUCGGUUCUCGUCGAGAGAAAUCGUAAGGAAGCGAGGAUUGUUCUCGAUGGGGCUCUUAAGAACGAGUUCAGAGAGCCACCAGGACCUGUCAGGGCUCUUCAUCUCACCUCUGAACUCGUUGUUGGAGCCACCACUCAGUAUCGCGAUGGAUUUGUUGGGUGUGUCAGGGCACUGCUGCUCAAUGGAAAACUCCAGGACUUGAGGGAGCACGCGAGGAGGGGUCUCUAUGGGGUCAGCGAGGGCUGCACUGGCAAAUGCCAGAGUUAUCCCUGCUUGAAUAAUGGAACUUGCCAUGAGAGGUACGACGGCUACAGCUGUGACUGUCGUUUCACCUCGUUCAAGGGACCCAUCUGCGCUGAUGAGAUUGGGGUCAACUUGGCCUCUGAGAACAUGAUCAGGUACGAUUUCAAGGGCAGCUGGAGGUCUACUAUUGCUGAGAAUAUCAGGAUUGGGUUCACCACCACCAGCGGUGGGAAGGGCUUCCUCUUGGGGCUUUCUUCGAAUAUCUCAGGGGAAUAUCUGUCGAUUCUUGUGUCCAACAGUGGGCAUUUGAGAGUUGUGUUCGACUUUGGGUUUGAGAGACAGGAGAUCAUUUUCCCUGAUAAGUAUUUUGCCUAUGGGCAGUAUCACGAUUUGCAUCUGUCGAGGAAGAACGAGGGCUCGACUUUGGUUCUUCAGGUUGAUAAUCUCGAGCCCAAGGAGUUUCAUUUCAAUAUCAAGGCCUCUGCUGAUGCUCAGUUCAAUAAUAUACAGUAUAUGUAUAUUGGGAAGAAUGAGUCGAUGACUGAUGGCUUUGUUGGGUGCAUUUCGAGGGUUGAGUUCGAUGAUAUUUAUCCGCUGAAGCUGCUUUUCCAGCAGGACAGCCCGGACAAUGUCAGGUCAAUAGGGGGACCCUUGGUCGAUGACUUUUGUGGGGUUGAACCCGUCACUCAUCCACCGAAUAUCGUGGAGACUCGACCACCACCAGUCGUUGAUAGCGAGAAGGUCAGGGCUGCUUACAACGAAACGGAUACUGCUGUGCUGGGGAGUGUUCUUGCUGUUAUACUCAUUGCUCUCAUCAUCAUGGCUGUUCUCAUUGGGAGGUACAUGUCCAGGCACAAGGGGGAGUAUCUCACGCAGGAGGACAAGGGCGCUGAACAGGCACUCGAUCCGGACUCGGCGGUUAUACAAUCCACUACGGGACAUCAAGUACAAAAAAAGAGGGAGUGGUUUAUCUAGGGGAUUCCCAGGGAUUUUCGGGCACUGGUCAUUUAAUCUUGGGAGUUAGGUACUCAAUAAAUGAAUUCUGGUUGGAAUGCCGUCGAAACAGUCCUGCCAAUUUGAGAGAAAAUUGGAUUGGAUUUCUAUUGGGCUUUUUAACAGUUUUUGGACGAUUUUAUUGCUAAAUUCCGCAGAUUUACUGCGAGUUUUUUGUGGAAAAUGGCCGAUGAAAAAUUUUCACCACUGUGGGCAAUUUUUGAUCGAUGCGUAUUGAAAAAUUUAAUAGAAAAGACUUUCUCUGUGACGUUCUACUGAAUUUUUGAUGAUAUAUCAUGCAAGUUUGACGGGGUUUUGUCAUUGGAUAUUUUUUUGUAGAAAGUAAUCUAUGGAUGUUAAUUUUUCUUUACAACACAAUUAGCCAAAUUAAUCAAAUUUGGAGUGGAAAUUGGUUUUGAAAAAGGGACUAUUCUUCAAGUGGGAUUAUUUUGUCUAGGACUUGUUCAUCAGGAUUAAAUGACCGCUCACCGAAGUUAGAUGGUGAAAUUACUGAAUUCAUAUCGUAUCAUUUGAUUAGUGAGGUAAUUAGAGAGUAGGAUAAUUCCCUGUGCGAUGCUAAUCGCAUGAGUUUUUUUUUUAUUUUUCGUUCUAGAGUUCUUUGAUAUUUGUGUCAGUGGGAAAGUGGUGAGAAGAGAUGAGUCCCAUCUUGUUUCAACAUUUGGCUAAUGGAUAGGGAGGGGUGGGGCAAAAUGGAUAGCUGUGACUCUUUUUUCAAUGUUCAUAACUCGCGGAGAAAUUUCUCAAUUGAGCUUAGCCUGGGGAAAAGAAAAUAUUCCCUUUUAUUAACAAGUAAAUGAGUUGUUAAUAUUUGAAGAAAGUAAAGGGCCUAUUUUGCUUCACUUAUGGGAAAUUUAUGGAUUAUAUAUUUGUUUCGCUUGUGUUCAUUAACAUUGCGUACCAGAAAGGGAGUUUAAUGCGUAAGUUAGAUGUCUAGGAGCAUCGAGAGUGAAGUCAAAAUAAUUUUUCAUUCACUCUCUGUACUACUUUUUUGUUUGUAUUUUUUUUUUUCAUCCCUUUCAGAUAAUUUUAUAUCUCUAGUUAGUCAUGUACAAAAACGAAUCUCGGAGAAACAUUUACCGUCCAAACAGCAUUUUACCUUAUUUUUUAGUUGUUUUUUUUAUUCUGAAGUAAUAUAUACAAUAUGAUUAUAUUUUUUAAUGUUUUCUGAAUCUCUUCACAUCACCUUUGCAGCUGUGGAUGCUUCUUGAUUGAGAAUUCAAAAUUCUUUUGAUGUCAAAAGUGUACAUAUGCUAUGUUUUUUAUACGAAAAUAGGUAAUUUUAUACUAUUUGGAUUUUUUCAUUGGAUUUUGGAUAGAAUUGACGAAAUAAAGAUGUAUGUGUUUUAUACAUUCCA